AACAAUUUCAUAAAUAAGAUGAACAUCAGUUUUCAGUGUUAAAAAAAUGCACAAACCUUCUGCGCCCUGACCAAAGUGCAGUUUAAUGUAUAUUAAAGAAGGGGAGGGACUUUAUCUUGGUGUGAACUUUCUGGACUGCAGUGAAUAACUUUCCCUCUUCAUACCUUCAGCAUUUAGACCUUCCGGACGUUUUUUGCAGUGUGUGCAGAUUUUACAGACCGCUGUGGAGAUUAUGAGUUAUUGAGUUUGGUAACGAUGUGAAAUAACUUUUUAUUUUUUGUAAAAUUGGGUGAUUUAUCUGCCGAACCCCAGUUGGACUACAGCUGAUGAUUCGUUUAACCGAAUUCCUUGCUUAUUUUACUUUUUUCAACAAAACACAUCAUGGUGCAAGUUAUCAGUGAGCGCCUGUCCUUGAUGCACAGGAUACGCACGGCUGUUUUUGCUCUUCUCUUUUGCGCACAUGCCGGUUUUAGUUUGUCGAUUGCAGGGCAGCAGGAGAGCACCUGCGAGGCCAAUGGUAGUAUAUACUACAUCGGUGAAUGGUAUUUCCUGGACUCAGAUCACUGCACCCAGUGUGAGUGCACCGAUGACGGCCCCGCCUGUGCCCGCACUGAGUGCAUGUCUCUCCCGGCUGCGUGCAUCCAUGUCAGCCACUACCCCACCGACUGCUGCCCCAGGUGCGAGAAGAUCGGCUGUGAAUACCGGGGGGUCGUGUAUGAUUUAGGGCAGAAUUUUCAGCCGUCAGAGUGUGAGCAGUGCACUUGUGACAGUGAUGGCAUCGCCCGCUGUCUAGUUGCAGAUUGUGCCCCUCCACCAUGUGUCAAUCCUGUCUACCAGCCUGGAAAAUGUUGUCCUGAAUGCAAGGAGGGCCCCAACUGUUAUGUUGAUGCAUCACGCAGUCAAGUGAUUCCUGCAGGAGAGCCUGUUUGGGUCGACUCCUGCACCAAGUGUCGCUGUCACGAUGGCCAGGACGCCGGCUACUGGGAAGGAAACCGCCUUGCUUCCUGUUCUCGCCUCAAAAACUGUAGACCCGAGCAGCCAUCCACCCCACAAAACUGAUUCUCUCUGAUCACAAGAAGUAUCGGUUCUCUUAAAAUGCAGUGAUAGUUGGUGAGCUGUAUACCUUAGCCCCCUGUAACAUACAUACAGCCAAACAUAUGGAUAAUCUACAUGGGAAAAACAGCAGCUGUCUGGGACCAGCACCAGGCUAUCACAACUAAUCAGCUGGCACGUAACAGGGACAACUUGCCUAACAUUUUAUUGUAGCAAAUACAUCUGAUAUUGUGUAAAGAAGCUCAUCUUGUGAACCCUUGGUUAUCACAAAAAUGUCAAGCUCAUGAUAAACCAAAAUUAGGUCAGUACAACUGGGAUUAAGACUCUCGCUUCUAGAAAUAUAAUCUGUGGUGUAAUAUGGUGGCUUUAUCUGGACCUCAAAUUCUUAUUCUCUUCUGCAUAAGAGUACUUAAUUACACACAUUUAAUACCAGUAAUAAACAAUAACUACACCCUAGCAAAGUGACUUUGCUCCAUAUAUUGUUUUAUCUAAUCUGCCAUGAUUAACAUUUUUGAUUAGUUCAGUGUGUUUUUAGACACAGUCAGUAGUGAGCUAUUAGGACCUUUUAUAGACUCAGGAGACAUUGCAUAGAUUCAAGCAGCAUAAAAAAUCCAGUGAGUCUACUAGAUGGUUAGACGUUAUAACUGACUUGUUGCUGGUUGCAGCAUUAAAACGUGUGCAUGGCUGUGAUGAAAUUUAGACUGUGAAAUGCCUGAUUAGAGCAGGAAAAAGUUCUGUAAUUGUUCUAUAUGUCUUAUAGUUUCAUUUCCACACUAAAUGAAAUACAUGAUGUGUGAGAUGAUGACCUAAACUUGGGUUAAAUUCAUUUAAUAAGGUGUUAAUUUUGCAUUCUUGCUGUAAAGCAAGAAUUUACAAUCUGUAGCUCACUGUUAACGUUUCACUAUUAAUAAUGUAUAGCUUUACAGUAAAACCCCUUUUUUAUGAUUUCUACUCAAAAUUUACAACUAAGUGUCUUUUUUCAUAACUAAAGUGUAUGGUGGAAUGUUGUAUGAUGAAGUUUUUUAAUUCAAGUUUAUAUGCUGCAAGUGUUUCUUUAAUUACACAUAAUUAUCUUUGGGGUUGUAUUUUGGGGUAUGCAGUGAAGCUGCUGCUGAAUGAUACAGCUGGUCAGAACUGACAAGUUACAGCCUUAAUUCUUACUGAAAAACCUUGACGACAGUGUGAUGAUGACCUCACACAUUUGUUUAUUUAGAGUAUUUUUGUUGGUCUGAGGCUUCCCUUUGUGAAUGUUACCACCCUGAAUAACAUUUCUUUCAUGUGUAUGUUAAAUAAAACACAUUUUUAAAAUUU